CCGGAAGUUGAAAUGUGAUAGUAGAAGUAGUAGUUUGUGUGUUGGUGUGUGAUAGUGGUUCCAGAGGCCAUGUGGGUAUCCCGUCCUGAUUCUGGAUGCAGUGCAUCAUGGAUCUGACCAGAUGCCGCGCCGCUUAACCCCACGCUGCCUAACAAAGUCACCGCCGUAACCAUGUAACUGUCCAACAUGCUACUAAAACCACUAAAACCACUAAAGCCAGCCAGCGACAACUAAAGCCAGCCGCUACAGAGGAUCGGGAGUGAGAGCCGGAGCAGGAACAGGAGCAGGAUCAGCAGACGGAGGAGGAACUAGCCGCUGCAGCAGCACCAGACAUACACUGAGCGAAACAGCAUGGCCGGGCCGCAGGUGCAGCACAGCCAGCGACCGAACAGCGCCUACUACACGGGUCUGAAUGGUGGCUCUUCCGGCGGCGGCGGAGGAGGAGGAGCUGGUGGCAGCGGCGUUGGAGGUGGCGGAGGCUCCUCCGCCGGAAUGUCAAGCAGUGCAUCGCACACCGGACUGCAUGCGCUGCGCCAGGUGAGCAACGAAACGGAGCUAAUCUACCGUGGCAGCCACAGCAAUGGCACCGUCAACGAGCUGCCCUCCAGCGCCCAGCAUCACCUGCUCACAGGUCGCGCCGCCCAGCAGCACCAGCAGCACCAACAGCAGCAGCAGCAGGUGCAUCACCAGACGGUGAGCAGCAUUGCCGGCACCGGAUCCAGUGUCACAGACGCCCUAAUCAGCACCAUUAACUCUGGCGGCGGCUCAGGUGGUGGCGGUGGUGGUGGUGGUGGUGGUGGUCCCUCUGGCAGCAGUUGCUCCACGGCGGCAUUGGGCCUCAAAAAGUCCAGCACGCAGCGCAGCAUCGAGAUUAUUGUGGACGCCAGUCAGUGCGGCAAGGAGCUGGUGGCCAGUGGUCCCGGUUCGGGUGCCGCCAUCGUCGCCACCCUGGACGUGGAGGAUGUGGAGCAGGGCGGCGGCGGCCAGGAGUCCUCCUCCUCGCACAGGAAAUCCUCACGCCAUCGCCAUCGACCGCUGCACCGGCGGCUGAUCACCUAUCUGCGGAACCUCUUCCAGGGCAGCACCACCCAGAAUGAUUCGGAACUGGAGGAGUUCGAAACGCCGGCAAGGUACAGGCCCGACUCGCUAAGUGCGCUGAGCCGCGCCACACGCUUCACGGAGGACGAGAUCAAACGAAUUUACCGGGGAUUUAAGGCUGAGUGCCCGACGGGCGUCGUCAAGGAGGACACCUUCAAAGUGAUCUACUCGCAGUUCUUUCCACAGGGAGCCAAUCCAACCUUAUACGCGCACUAUGUAUUCAAUACACUGGAUCAGGAUCACAGCGGCAUUGUCAGCUUCGAGGACUUUGUUCAAGGACUUUCGAUACUGUCGCGCGGCUCCGUGGAGGAGAAGCUGCGCUGGACCUUCUCGCUGUACGACAUCAAUGGCGACGGCUUCAUUACGAGGGAGGAAAUGACUGACAUUGUAACUGCCAUAUACGAGCUGAUGGGCCGCCUGCCGGACGAGUGUCCCGAGGAGGAGAAGAUCAAGGGCAAGGUGGAGCAGAUAUUCCAGAAAAUGGACACCAAUCGCGAUGGCGUGGUCACGCUGGAGGAGUUUCUGGAGGCCUGUCGCAACGACGACGCCAUCUCCCGGUCGAUGUCCUACACGGUGCCCCGGCGGCGGCGACAUCAGCAGUCGGCACAGCAGCAGCAGCAUCUGCAGCAUCUGCAGCAUCUGCAGCAUCAGAAGCAUCAGCAGGAGCCAGAGAAACGUAAGUCCAACCACAAGACGAAGACGAACAAGCAACAGCAAAAACAGCAGCAACCACAUAGCACUAGACAUCAAAACUGUUGUCACAUAAUCGACAUGGAUGGCGAUAGCACCACCACCACCAGCACCACCACCGCCUCGGCGGCCACUGGAACCACACUCAAUUGCAAUAAUGUCCUAUACGAUUACGGCGCGGAGGGGGAGCAUGACGAUGGGCAGCAGGAUGACGAGGAUGAUGAGGACUCCGAGGAGGAGGAGGAGUACAGAUCCUUUGUCUGCCGCCACUGCCAGAGGCCGCAGCAGGCGGUGGUGCCACACCCCAGAUCCGGUCGUCGAUCGCAGUCACAGUCCAAGUCACGCAAGCGCAGCAAGAGCAGGAAGCGCCACCAGAGCAAACAGGGUCACCAUCAGGGCCAGCAGCAUGGCCAGCAUGGCCAGCAGCAGGGUCACCAUGGUCACCAUGGUCAGCAGCUGACCCGGUGGCCGGAAAUCAAUGUGGCCAACGAGCAGGCCAUUCGCUUCCGUUGUCCGCAGGUGGGGCCGCAGGUGGGUCGCGACCUCCACACCCCCCAGCCCAUGCACUUCCACCACCCCCAGUCACAGAGCCAGAAGGCCAAGAGCAAGUCCCGGCCGCGGAAGCACCGUGCCUGCCCAGCUGCUCCGCUAUCGAAAUCAGUAGCAGCCGGAGCAGGAGCAGGAGCAGCAGGAGGAGCAGCAACAGCAACAGCAGCACCUGCGCCACCAGCAGAGCCGUCACAGCUGCCGCCCUCCGAACUGCACCCCCUUGCACCCCUCAACGUGAUUGUGGGCGGGGCCGACGAGGUCGAGGUCGAUCCGCAGCAGCCACAGCCACCCACCACCCCCGACUCGCCGUCGCUGGUCACCGUGAGCACCUGGUACACGGUGGCCAAGCAGGGUGUCUCCUGCUAAUCGCGGUGAGCAGUGAGUAUCCUUGCCAUCACCACCCACCCAACCACCCAACCAACCACCCAACCACCAAGCCACCCAACCAACCAGCCACAUUGCACCCCAGUCGAAAACCCCUUGAAAGGAUGGCAUUGCUAUCUCUAGAUGCUUAAAAUCAUUUGCAAAUUGAUAACCAACGUCUGAGAGUAUGCAUAUUGCAUUUAUUUAUGCAAACAAUUCAAUUUUGGACCCAAAAGGAGACUUUGAGUCAUUUUAAGCCCCUAGAGAUCUGUGUGGCAUCAUGCAGUAAAACGCUUUCCCGUUUCGGUGUUUGAAUAUAUGUAUACAAUAUAUAUAUUUUGUGCUUAAAUAAUUAUAUGUAUAUGAGUGUGUUUCAGGGUGGAUCUCUGAAAAAUCUAAAUUGGCAUUAACCAAAGUUCUAACAACAAUUUAUCAUUAUUAACAAUAAUAUAAACUCAAGUUUGUCUUUAGUUUUUAAAGAGCUUCGGCAUAAAUUUUAGUUUCCCAACUGUUUGUUUACCUAGCUAAAGAAAAAAAGAAAACAUUGUAAAAACAAGCUACAAAAUUGUAAAUACAUAACUAUAGAUAUGGAGUUCAACUUAUAUUUCAAAUAUAAUUGGCUAAGAGAGCUGAGAUCCGCCCACUGUGCAUUAUGUUUCCGAUUUGUCCUAUAAUUUGUACUAUAAUUAGCCAAAUGAAGUUUACGUGAAAUUUGAAACGUUCUCUGUGUGUAUCGAUUGAUGUUGCAAACUGUCAAAUGUGUUAUAGUCUUAAAUACGUUUAAAAAUCUAUAGACAAUGUAAGUGAAAAUGAACCAAAAACGAAAAUAUAUGAAAAGCAUUCAAGCGUAUACUUUAUGUUUCCCUGAGUUGUAUUAUUUGUUAUUUGUGCCCAGAAAAGUC